UCGGCGGCCAGGGAGCCGCAGAGGCGGCGAUGAGGUCCCGCGGCGGGAGGAGUCCGCUGCCCCGGGCGGCGAUGCCAGGAUAGCGCAGCCGGUGCCAUGGUGCGGGCAGCGGCCCCAGCGCUCGGGCUGCUCCUCCUGCGGCUGCUGCAGCUUCUCUCGCUCCCCGCCGCCCGCAGCGGCCUGCCCGGCGACCUCCUAUACAUCUCUGAGUAUUUUUCUCAGAGUGCCCAGAAGCUGUCCUUCUACAGCUGGUAUGGGAACGCCAAACUCUUCCGCUUCCAGGUGCCGGAGGACACGAUUCUGCUGCGCUGGCUUCUGCAGGCGUCCAAGGGGAAAGGACCUGAGUGCACCAGUACGGAGAUCACCGUCCACUUCAGUUAUGGAGCCCCUCCUGUCAUUAACCCACUAGGCACUCGGUUUCCCUCAAAUGCGACUGUCCGCCCAUCCUACAACUUAACCAUGACUCUGAGCGUCACUCUGCAGAACAGCACCUUUGUGAACAUCACCACCCCAGCUGCCGGAGACUGGUUCAUUGCUGCGCACCUGCCUCAGGCUGCAGGCAAGAUCGAAGUAAAGGGUUUCUCCACUCCAUGCGCCUAUAUAUUCCAGCCGGACAUGUUUGUGCUGAGAUUUGUUGAUGUCCCUGUCCUGCAGCCAGGCACUCGUCUGCAGCAAACCAUUGCCUCUCCUGCUAGGCCACUGCAUGUCAAGAUCUUUAUCCCUGAGUACACUGCUACAAUGCAGUUCACACUGCGGAACUGUGUGGUGAACAGCACAAAGGCGUGUGCCAUCCGGGUCGUGCUGGGCUCCAUCAUGCUGCCGCAGUCCUUCCAGAAAACCCUCAGCUGCAAGGGGACAGCGGAUUGCAGCCUGGUCCUCCAUUCGCCCCCAUGGGAGAAGUGGCUGCAGAUCAUGGCAGAGAAUCUGAGCACCGCCAAUGCCAGCGUCUCCUUUGAGAUGAUUGCCUCCUUCACAGCUUGCAAGCCGGGGAGCACCAAUUCAUUCCUUAACUUCUACAGCAGCCUGAAUCAGAACCAGAGCACUCCAGCCCUGGCCGGGGGUCGCAAUGCCAGCACCCUGGGAAUGUUGGGGAACACCACUCUACCCGCAGUGGGUGCUGCAAACAAUGUGUCCGACCCAGGGACCUUCUGCCUUCAGAAUCAGCCUGUCAUCCGUGAGGACCUGGACGUUGCCUCUGUGAGGUUCAGAGUUAUAAAUGGGCCCAGCAUUCCUGUCCACUCUGAAUUCCCCACGCUUCUCCUCUUCAACUUGAAUACUGGCAUGGACAGUGGAGGCACCCUGGUGGUGAACCUGCUGCUGAAUGAGACUUCCCUGAGCAUAGGCAAUGCUAGCGUGUUCGCGUGCGUGAGUGCUGCCUCUCCAGUGCUGACCCUCAACACCACACGGAACUGCAGCACAGCUUUUUUCCAGGGCUACCCUCUGAACGUGAAUGCGUCCUCCACAGAAGCAACACUGAUUAUUCCCUAUCCAGAGACUGACAACUGGUUCCUUUCCCUGCAGCUCAUCUGCCCAUGGGGCCAGGGGGAAUGUAACAAAGCAAAAGCCAAAGUGACCGUCUCCAUAUACCUCACCCCCUGCUUCGAUGACUGUGGGACAUAUGGACAGUGCAGUCUUCUGAGAAGACAUGGCUACCUCUACGCAGGCUGCAGUUGUAAAGCUGGUUGGGGUGGAUGGAGCUGCACUGAUAACACUAAAGCCCAGUCUGUCGGCUUACAGAAUCUGGCCACCCUUCUGCUCACACUCAGUAACCUCAUGUUCCUGCCAGCCAUUGCAGUUGCUCUGUAUCGCUACUACCUGGUGGAGGCUUCUGUUUACACCUACACCAUGUUCUUCUCCACGUUCUACCAUGCAUGUGAUCAGCCAGGAGUCGCUGUGAUUUGCAUCAUGGAUUACGACACUCUGCAGUACUGCGACUUCCUGGGCUCCGUAGUCGCCAUUUGGGUGACGAUCCUGUGUAUGGCCCGAGUGAAGAAAAUCUUAAAAUACGUUCUCUUUGUGCUGGGGACCCUGUUAAUUGCCAUGUCCCUGAAGCUGGACCGCAGAGGGAUUUGGAACAUGAUGGGCCCCUGUCUUUUUGCUCUCAUCAUCAUGAUCAUGGCAUGGGUCUACCAUGGAGUGAAGCGCCGCCAUUGCUACCCCACCUCAUGGAAGCGCUGGGUUUUCUACCUCAUUCCAGGGAUCACCUUGGCUUUUGUUGCCAUCUCGGUGUAUGCAUUCAUGGAAACCAAUGACAACUACUAUUACACGCAUAGCAUCUGGCACAUCCUGGUGGCCAGCAGCGUGGCUUUCCUACUCCCGCCUCAUGACAAGCAUAAGAAGCCCUGGGCCUGGUCACAGAAGCUCAUCUGUCGCUAUCAGAUAUGCAAAAAUGACCGCGAGGAGCUCUAUGUGGUGACCUGAGUCGGACUGGCAUGCAGGGCUACAGGCCAGAGGGAUGGAGGACUUGCUUGGGCCCGUCUUCUCCAGAUGAGUGAGAACUGCCACCUGUGCAUGCUCAGAACUCAGUAAUGCACUUGUGGACUAGCCAGGGCAGCACAAUAGCUGGGCCUCUGCCUCUGGGCAAAAUGGUGACAAGUCCCCACACCCUUCCACAGGAUAGGGAGAGGCUUCUAAUGUGUUUUUUAUAAAGAAAAGAAUAGCCUGCAUCCACAUGCCACCAAAAAGAUGAGAGCUCCAUUCCCUUCUGGCCAUGGCAGUUGGUCUGGGGCUCACUGUUACCUACCAUAGUGAGGGCUCUGGCACCAGAGCUCCUCUCCAGAUGCCAACUCCUCGCAGAGGACUCCAGGAUGGUGCCUGGCUUUGUUUCCACUAGGAGUUCCUGUGGUUUCACCUCGCUUUGCUAUGGAAAGGGCAACUAUGCCAACUGUGCAUGAGCUGGAGCUGGUGGCCUCCUUCAGCAAGACAUGUCUCUCUCAUCUUGGCAUUACUGGCCCAUCCCAAAGCAAAACUCUGGAAAUAGAGGCAUACUGUGUCCAUGUGUUCUAGAAUUAGCGGCCCCUUUCUCCAUCUCCAUAAUAUGCUCAACAGUUUGAGUCCAUCACAUCCUGCUUUGCGUUAGGGGAAUAGUAACUGACAUGGAAAUACUGCCACUGAAGAACUAAACCCCAGAUCAGGCUACUGUUUUCACUCCUGUUCCUAUCAAGUGUCAGGUAGCAGCUGCUGGAGUUUGUUUAAAUGCCCUUGGCGGCUAUAGCAGUUCUUGUGAUUGCAGUAAGUACUUGAGAGAGCAUAGAUGAGUCCUGGAUAGGGGGUCUGUCUUACGAAGAGGGGGCAGAAUGAGACUGUCACGUCCCAUAUAUUGGAUAGCUGUGUCUUGUUGAACAUGGCAGGACAAAUUUUCAACCUGGACUUAACUAGGCCUCCCUUUCCACAGCUUUGAAUUAUUUGCAUCCACAGCUGAGAUCAUGCCCAGGGCUGUCCUUACCCAUACACAAAGUACCAGCUGCGUAGGGCACCAGGAAAUUUCCUGGUGCCCUGUG